UUGUCAGGUGGAACUAUAGACACGCAGUCAGAGUUCAGGGAGGACGGAUUUGAGCAACGUACCCUGAGGUUUACCGAAGAAACUCACCGAAAUAUAUUCGUCAGUUAGACAGUAAAAAUAAAGAACCGAAUGUCUAAAUACGUGUUCACAAUACAUCACUUUUACAGUAAGUGGAGGAUAAUUUGCUUCAAAACUCAAAGGCUAACGCCGACAUCUCUGUGGUGGCUGUGGUCGUGUAACUCUCACUCGGGUGCCGAGCUUGUUUUACAACUGAACGAGCAAAAAGGAGCGCCCAAUAAUCAGGUAACAAAAAGGUGCAAAAAAGAGAGAUCUUCAUGUCAACCAGUACUGGACUGCUUUGACCAGCAGUACAGUCAGGAACUUGGAGACUUGUGGGCAGAUGCAAGAGCAGUGCUCUUGGACCCUCACUCUUGGCAGUAUGGGGUCAUGCUCAACUGCUUCAGUGUUGUGACAGACAUCACACAGAUUCUCCAAUCACAGGGCUUUUGCGCAUUGCUGCCACAAACAGAUGUCUCCAUGUUGCUUUGUAAUGGCCCAUCAACAGUGUCAAAUUCUAAAUACCAAGCAGGAAAAGACUCUCUGUUGCCACCUCACUACAUCUCCAAGUGCCCUCCUAAUGACUCCCAUCUCCAACCUGACAGCGCGUCUCAUGCGCUCGGUCAGGACCUUCAAUCAGAGCCUUCACUCAGUUUGCCCCGUCCUUCAUUACAGUGUUACAUCCACCCAUAUCCACUGCGAUUCCCCUCUCAGGCUCACAGGCCUGGCCAGCUGAAGCAGUACUACCUCCUGAAUGCUGCCUCCCUGCUUCCAGUGCUGGCUUUGCAAGUCAGAGAUGGAGAGAAGGUUUUGGAUCUUUGCUCUGCCCCUGGGGGCAAAGCCUUAGCCAUGAUGCAGUGUGCCACCCCAGCACUUCUCUGCUGUAAUGAACCAGACCUCCACAGACGGGACUGGCUGGCCAAAACCCUGGAGUCUUUUCUGCCUCACUCACUAAACAGCAGAGUGAUUGUAUCUGCAAAGGAUGGACGAUCUUUUGGGCAAAGUGCAGCAGGAACAUAUGACAAGGUUUUAGUCGAUGCUCCAUGUUCUAAUGACAGGAGCUGGUUGUAUUCUAGCAGCCAGCAGGGGGAGCAGAGACUACAGGAAAGAGCCAGGCUGCCUGCGCUCCAGGCUCAAUUGCUAAAGUCUGCACUGUCAGCAGUGCGUCCAGGGGGUGUAGUGGUCUAUUCCACUUGCACACUGUCCAGCUGUGAGAACUACGCUGUGGUUGAGACAGUGCUGAAUGACUGUCCUGAGGCUGAACCUGAAGACCUGUGGGAGGAGAUUGCUGUUCCUUUAUCAAAAUACUUUGCAUUUAGUCCUGCUCACCCUGAUCAUGGACAGACACUUCACAAGCCAUCCCCGCAGCCACAGAAUGGCACUGUGUCUACUUAUCACCACAGACUUGGCAUUUUAGUGGUUCCUCAGUUCGGCAAGACCUGGGGACCUAUGUUUUUGUCUCGGAUUAGAAGAAGGAAAUAGUGUGUAUCAUCCUGUGCAGAAAAGAUAUGUGGAAACAAAUGGCUAAACUUACACAUUCCCUUGGUACAACUUUUGUUAACUGUGGGUUUUUUAAGAUGUAAAGUACCUUGUGGAACUGGCUUGUAACUCACUAACACAAACUGACAAAUUUAUUAGUUCACAUUUAGCACACUCCAAACUCUACACAGUGCCAACUUGCGUUACUUAUAGAGGAGGAAAGUAACAGCAACAGUAGUUUAGACAGGCAGAUUUAAACAUGUCAAUGUUGCCACAUGCAGGCAAAGAAAGUCAUAACUUGCAGUUUUAACACUUGGCCACCUGCAAGACAAUGUGUUGCAGCUGAAGUUUUUGCUGUUUAAUGCAGCUGUUCUUUGUGUUUGGGUGUGUUGCAUGAGAUUUUACAACACUUGUACCACCUAAAACAAAGUAAAACAUAGAACAUCGCUCACAUCAUUCAUACAGUGAUGUGAGUCAAAGAUAGAACUUAGACAACCUACAUUUAUUUAAAGCGGCUAUAAUCAAUAUUUUUUAUGAUAAUGAAUCAGCAGACAGCUGUUUUCAGUAAAAGUUGGUUUUGGAGUUGGUAGAGACCAAAAACAGAUUGAAAAGAGAGUUAAUAUUGGACUCACAUUUGCCAGGUGGACAUAAACUUGACUCCAAAUGAAUGAUAAUGUUGCUCCAUAACUGCUGGAUGUGUAAAUAAGCAACUGUUUGCCAACAAGUUCAACAUAUGUCCCAAGUGGCGAAAACAAUCAGUAAUUGCAGGUUUAAUUGUUUUCUUUUAGCCUUAUUUAUUGUUUAUUAUUAUUUAUUGUUUAUGGCAACCAUGGAAACUACUUGCACUGCAUAUGUACAAUUAGAUGAUAUUGACUGAAGAUUUUAAGUGCUUCACAAUAAUAACACUGUGUCCAUGUUGUAUAAUAAAAUUGAUAAUACUAUAAGACAGCAAUAUUCUACGAUGUAAGAUUGUAACAUUAAAAAUUCAUUCAGUUUAUUCUAUUA